AUGGCUCGAUGGGGUUCAAAGGCUUUCCAGCUGCUGGAGAUAAACAUAAUAUCGGGCCAAGAUCUAAAGCCCAUAUUCAAAAAGAUGAAAACAUAUGCCCGAGCCUGGGUCAACCCGACCCGCAAGCUGUCAUCAUGCAUCGACUCGGAUGGCAACAACAACCCGACUUGGAAUGACAAAUUUGUGUUUAGGGUAGAUGAGGAGUUCCUGCAUGAGGACAAGUCAGCUGUGAUUAUCGAAAUCUACGCCACCCAUUGGCUGCGGGAUGUUGUUGUGGGCUCCGUGCGUGUGCUCGUAGCCAAUCUCAUUCCGCCACCUGUCCUUACCCGUGUCCGAACCAAUCACCAUAUCGGCAUGUGCUUUGUUGCUCUUCAGGUACGUCGCCCAUCUGGGCGUCCGCAGGGGAUACUCAAUAUUGGUGUGGCCUUAGUCGAUGGCUCCAUGAGGAGCAUGCCUCUAUACAACCAACUCAGUGCCUCGGCCGUUGGGUUCCGUGACCUCAUGCAGAAUCAAAACAAGAAAAGCAACAACAACAAUCAGGUGAAGCCAAUACUCAUUCGAUCGUGGAGCGAAAAAAGUGAUGGCAUUGCGUUCAACAACUCUAUUAUUAUUGGCAAAAAUAAGGGAGGGCCUCCAAAGGAGAGCUCCAUACUCAGCGUCUCAGACAUCCACCCUCUGAAGAAGAAGGGAAAGGCGAGCUCUGUGAUUGAGCUCCGAGAGCCCAAGCAAAAGGGCAACAAGUCGAUCUCGGUGGUGAGCGACUCUGUUUACAGUAAGGUCUCAUCUCGAUUCUACAAGACAAAGAAAGAUAGGUAUGAGAAACCCCCAAAUCUUGGGCACGGGCACAGACCAAUGAAGGGAAAGUCAGUGUGGUCGGACUCAGAAGUGGGCCCAUCGGCGUCUGAGGUGGCGGCAGCUAUAGCAGUGGAGAGGAAGGGGAGGGAGGGGUGGAGCGUGGACGAGAGUGUGGAGGGUCUAAGGUCCAAACUUGAGAGGUGGAGAAUGGAGCUUCCACAGAUGUACGACAACAAUGCCAGCUACACCUCAACCUCAUCCGCCAGUCGGACUCGAACUCGGAGGAGAUACUACAACAACAACAACAACAACAAUAACAAUGGCAAUGGCUUAUUCUCGUGCUUUGGGAACAUAUGUGGUUAUGAGUGCCAAUGCGUGUGCGGGAAGCCGCCACCAACGAGGAGUCGUGGUUAUUGA